AUGGAUGAACUUCCCGCCUCCGUCGCGAUGCGGCGUUCGCUGAGUGGGGGAUUAAAGACAACGAGCCACGCGCCUUUCGAGGUGGGGAACCCUCCUUUUGAAGGCGGCGGAGGUGGCUUUUCAAGUGUGGAGGAGGCCCUGCCAAGAAGUGCACCCCCGCUCGAACCUUGCCAGCACUGUGGGCGCACCUUCGCCGUGGAAUCGCUCAAACGCCAUCUCGAGGCCUGUCGGCGGCAUCACGAAAGUGCCGCGAGGUUAACCGGAGGGGGGGGGCACCACCAUGGCAAGCUAAAGUCCUCCUUCCCAAGCGGGGACGCGUCGGGGCUGACCAGGCUGGAUACCAGCAAAUCCUAUGGAGGAACGGAACGGAUGGGGUACGACUAA